AUGGGCGCGAAUCAAUCUCAUACAGAAAGCGAUAAUUCUGAUUCUUCUGGUUUUUCGGAUUCUUCUGAAUCUUCUGAUUCCUAUGAUUUUGAGGAUCACUCAAAUAACUCAGAUUGUAGCGCAAUGGAGAAAAGAUCAUACCUUGAAAAUUAUUUAAUUGUUGAGUGUGAUGCGAAUAACUUGAUUGGGAAUUUUUGGAAAGUCAAAGCAAAUGUUACCGUCAACAUACGAAAUUUCAACAAUGAUAGCGGUUCAAUAAUACAUAAUUGCGGAGAACUUAGUUUCGGCAACCACGAUCUUGAUAGGCCAGAUCUUCAUCGGCGUAUCAAUAUCCGUUUGGUUGAUCUCCUCGGUGAAGACUCUGGAUUUAUGAGAAAUAAUGAAAUCAUAAUGGAGACAGAUAUUCGAGUUGUGGAAGUAGAGGGAUUUCAUCAGCCAUUGGUCAUAAAUUAUCGAUUACCACCGGUAAACUCCAAGAAUUUGUUCCGUUUCAUUCACUCCAACGACACUUUUUAUUGUAAUAAGGCGAUCCUAAAUGCCCAUGCCAAAUGCGGAAGAGAUUUUGAUAUUUCCAAAAUGGAUUCCUUCUCAUUUAAGCAGCCGUCAGGUGAAUUAUUCGAAGAAUUUUUGGAUUGUGUUUAUGGUUUUCCUAUUUCAAUUCUCUUUCUCGGUAGUGUUCAAAGCCUCCUUGAAUUAUCUGUGUCCUUCAAAAUGAGAGCGGUAGCUCGAAGAGUAGAAGCAACAGUUAUCCAAAAACCUUUUGUUUAUAACAAUAACAUUUCUUGUCGGAAGAUUGCGGUUACAUUCAAUUUGAGAAGAGUUUUGCACACUUGGCUAAACAAGCAGGAGUCAAUCAAAAAGAAAGAUGUAGAAGAUUUGGAUGUUGAGAAGAUGUCGGGGGAAAUUAUGAAGGCUAUCGUGAUGAGAGUUUUUGAGGUUGGAUGGAAAUAA